AUGCAGUGCCUCCUGCUCACCCUGGGCGUGGCCCUAAUCUGUGGUGUCCAGGCCAUCGAAAGCCCCCAGAUCAUGCAGGACAUGGAGCUCCCAAAGUUGGCAGGGACUUGGCACUCCAUGGCCAUGGCGGCCAGUGACUUCUCCCUCCUGGAGACCAGGGAGGCCCCUCUGAGGAUCUACAUCAGCUCGCUGCAGCCCACCCCCGAGGGCAACCUGGAGAUUACCCUGCACAGAUGGUCACAGAAACUAAGCCCUCUCAUAGACAGCAACCAAUGUGUUGAGGAGAAGAUCAUUGCAGAGAAAACCGAGAACCCCAUCGAGUUCAAGAUCAACUAUCUGGAUGAGAACAGGAUCUACCUGCUCAACACCGACGGCAGCAAAUAUUUGUUCCUCUGCCUGGAGAGCACCCCCAAGCAGAACCUGGCCUGCCAGUACCUGGCCAGGACCCUGGAGGCGGACGACAAGGUCAUGGCGGAAUUCAUCAACUUUCUCAAGACUCUGAGAGUGCAAAUGCAGAUCUUCCUGGACAUGACCCAGGCAGAAGAACAGUGCCGCGUCUAG